GCCUCCAACACAACAGAGGGCGCUACAGGGAGUGCGUCACAUUUCCGGUGGCGUCUGAUUGGUCGAUUCAUGCGCUCUGUUGAAGGCGGUUUGUUUGGAAUGUUUUUAGACUGUCGCCGUGGAUGCUUCGCGGAGCUUACACUUUAACAUCAAGACAAAGGUUAGAGAUCGAUAACUAUCCGAGAAAGAAUGGAUGACUCUACGAAACGCCUACUGCAGCGACUCAUUCGGCGGAUACCGGCCCAAACGCUCAGAACAACGCUGGAGAAGUGGGGCCGUUUGACCGCGGCCCAGCAGAGGUCCAUGGAUUUCACUCAGCCAAAAUGGGCGUUAUCGGAAAAGUUAUUAGCCAUCUGCGAGGAAAAUGGGUUCACAGCUAAACACAUCACAGAGCUUGAGAUGACAAAUGUGAUUGACAAUCCAAACCAGGGGAUGUGGUAUGCCUUCCAGCUCAUGGACCCUGAAGACGAUGCUAACUCUAUAGAGCUGACACAGUUCAAGGAACAAUUCAAAUCUCACCUCAGGGAGCUCGUGAGACCUGUGUCCAUCAAAAUUAAGAAGCACACCGACGAAGCUGUAUGGAUUCGGAUUGCAUGGGGAGACAGCUUCUCUCGGCCCAACCACCUGAAACCAACUUAUGUUGUUCACUACCUUCAAACCCCUUAUGUCUUUGUGACCAGCCUGACUUCCAAGCAAAAGCCCCUGUUGUCACAGGCUUUGGUUCUGUCAGCCAGACAUCGAGCUAUCAAGGAUGCUAACCUCAGUGGACGGAAACUCACUGCCAUUAGGGACCUACUGAUGAGGAAAUAUCAACAGGCGUUCCCCACUAUGUAUCCCAGCCCUCUUGGAGAAAGGAACCAAGUUGUCUCAAACCCACACAUAGAAAAAGAACAAGCUGAGCCUGCAGCAAACAGACUUCAGAUGGCCUGUGAGGCCUUUGGUGAUGGGACGUUACCUCAACUUCAGACUGUAGUUUACAAGCUGGAAACAAAAUUCAGAGAUCACACCAACAAGACGAUGACAGAGCGGGAGGAGCCUUUCAACUGUGUUGUCAAAUUUGCAAGCACCAACCUCCUGGAGUCACUCAGACACUGUGCAUCUUCAGGAGGGCACAUGCGUACUCUAUCAUGGACAUCUCAUGGUGGGUGCACUGGAGGAAUUGCCUCCACUCCUGUUACACCUUUGCUUUCAUCUAUUCUCCAGAAAGGAAGGAAUUAUUUUGUCAUCACAGACAAUGGCUCUGGUCCCUCCACACAAACACGACAACCACAGACCUGAUGGGUAACAGACCCUUUGAUUUAAAGGACUCAGUGUGGCCCUCUUUUAUUUCUGUUUCAUCCAGUCCACACAUCUCUCCCUUUUACCAUUCUAUCAUUGAUGUCCUUGAUAACAUGUCUUUCGAAGAGUCAUGGCUUCCUGGCCUCUGACGCUGAGUUAAGAUUCUAAUAAUGUCCUCUUCUGUCUUAAUGUGUUUUUAGUUACACAUUUGUCAGUCAUUUUCAAUAGAUAGUUAUUUUAUCCUCCUCUGUUUGUAAAUAUGAUACUGUUUUUAAGUCCAACUUGAAUAUAAAAGAAUGUUUUUUUAAUAUUCCUGAA